GCUCUCCUCUCCUCCUCCUCUUCCUCUCUGGUCUCCUCCCUCCUCCGGGCUUGGUUGCAAAUGGCUUCGUUCUCCGAGACCGACUUCCAGAUCUGCCUGCUGUGCAAGGAGAUGUGCGGCUCGCCGGCGCCGCUCUCCUCCAACUCGUCGGCGUCGUCGUCGUCCUCGCAGACGUCCACGUCGUCGGGGGGCGGCGGCGGGGGCCCCGGGGCUGCGGCGCGCCGCCUACACGUCCUGCCCUGCCUGCACGCCUUCUGCCGCCCGUGCCUCGAGGCGCACCGGCUGCCGGCGGCGGGCGGCGGCGCGCCGGGAGAGCCGCUCAAGUUGCGCUGCCCUGUGUGCGACCAGAAGGUCGUGCUGGCCGAGGCGGCGGGCAUGGACGCGCUGCCCUCGUCCGCCUUCCUGCUCAGUAACUUGCUCGACGCCGUGGUGGCCACGGCUGACGAGCCGCCGCCCAAGAACGGGCGGGCCGGCGCCGCGGCGGGCGCGGGCGGUCACAGCAACCACCGACACCACGCGCACCACGCGCACCCGCGCGCUUCUGCCUCGGCGCCGCCGCCACUCCCGCCAGCGCCGCAGCCGCCCGCGCCGCCCCGCUCAGCGCCCGGCGGCCCCGCGGCCUCCCCGUCGGCGCUGCUGCUGCGCCGGCCUCACGGCUGCAGCUCCUGCGACGAGGGCAACGCGGCCUCGUCGCGCUGCCUCGACUGCCAGGAGCACCUGUGCGACAACUGCGUCCGCGCGCACCAGCGCGUGCGCCUUACCAAGGACCACUACAUCGAACGCGGCCCGCCUGGCCCCACAGCCGCCGCCGCCGCCGCGGCGCAGCAGCUCGGGCUCGGGCCGCCCUUCCCCGGCGCGCCCUUCUCCAUCCUCUCGGUCUUCCCCGAGCGCCUCGGCUUCUGCCAGCACCACGACGACGAGGUGCUGCACCUGUACUGUGACACGUGCUCAGUGCCCAUCUGCCGAGAGUGUACUGUGGGCCGGCACGGCGGCCACAGCUUCGUCUACCUCCAGGAGGCGCUGCAGGACUCACGGGCGCUCACCAUCCAGCUGCUGGCUGAUGCCCAGCAGGGCCGCCAGGCCAUCCAGCUGAGCAUCGAGCAGGCCCAGACGGUGGCAGAGCAGGUGGAGAUGAAGGCAAAAGUGGUACAGUCGGAGGUCAAAGCCGUGACUGCGAGACACAAGAAGGCCUUGGAGGAGCGGGAGUGUGAGCUGCUGUGGAAGGUAGAGAAAAUCCGCCAGGUGAAAGCCAAGUCCCUGUACCUGCAGGUGGAGAAGCUGCGGCAAAACCUCAACAAGCUGGAGAGCACCAUCAGCGCCGUGCAGCAGGUCCUGGAGGAGGGGCGGGCGCUGGACAUCCUGCUGGCCCGAGACCGCAUGCUGGCGCAGGUGCAGGAGCUCAAGACCGUGCGCAGCCUCCUGCAGCCCCAGGAGGACGACCGGGUCAUGUUCACACCCCCUGACCAGGCCCUCUACCUCGCCAUCAAGUCCUUCGGCUUUGUCAGCAGCGGGGCCUUCGCGCCGCUCACCAAGGCCACGGGCGACGGCCUCAAGCGGGCCCUCCAGGGCAAGGUGGCCUCCUUCACUGUCAUCGGCUACGACCAUGACGGGGAGCCCCGCCUCUCAGGAGGCGACCUCAUGUCGGCUGUGGUCCUGGGCCCUGACGGCAACCUGUUUGGUGCGGAGGUGAGCGACCAGCAGAACGGGACAUACGUCGUGAGCUACCGGCCGCAGCUGGAGGGCGAGCACCUGGUAUCGGUCACCCUGUGCAACCAGCACAUCGAGAACAGCCCCUUCAAGGUGGUGGUCAAGUCCGGCCGCAGCUACGUGGGCAUCGGGCUCCCGGGCCUGAGCUUCGGCAGUGAGGGCGACAGCGAUGGCAAGCUGUGCCGGCCCUGGGGCGUGAGCGUGGACAAGGAGGGCUACAUCGUGGUCGCUGACCGCAGCAACAAUCGCAUCCAGGUGUUCAAGCCCUGCGGCGCCUUCCACCACAAGUUCGGCACUCUGGGCUCCCGGCCCGGGCAGUUUGACCGGCCUGCCGGCGUAGCCUGUGACACCUCCCGCAGGAUCGUGGUGGCCGACAAGGACAAUCAUCGCAUCCAGAUCUUCACCUUUGAGGGCCAGUUCCUCCUCAAGUUCGGUGAGAAGGGCACCAAAAACGGGCAAUUUAACUACCCUUGGGAUGUGGCGGUGAAUUCCGAGGGCAAGAUCCUGGUCUCCGACACGCGGAACCACCGGAUCCAGCUGUUCGGGCCCGAUGGGGUCUUCCUGAAUAAGUAUGGCUUCGAGGGGGCUCUCUGGAAGCACUUUGACUCCCCGAGGGGGGUGGCUUUCAACCACGAGGGCCACUUGGUGGUCACCGACUUCAACAACCACCGGCUCCUGGUCAUUCACCCAGACUGCCAGUCGGCCCGCUUCCUGGGCUCAGAGGGCACCGCCAAUGGGCAAUUCCUGCGCCCACAGGGCGUGGCCGUGGACCAGGAGGGGCGCAUCAUCGUGGCCGAUUCCAGGAACCACCGGGUGCAGAUGUUCGAGUCCAAUGGCAGCUUCCUGUGCAAGUUUGGCGCUCAGGGCAGUGGCUUUGGGCAGAUGGACCGGCCCUCCGGCAUCGCUGUCACGCCGGAUGGGAUGAUUGUCGUGGUGGACUUUGGCAACAAUCGAAUCCUCAUCUUCUAAUCACAUUCCUAGGCUUCUGUGUUUGGGGUGCGCGUGUGUACGUCUCUCUCUCUCUCCCCCUUUUGAAAUUCAAAGAAGAAACCGUCUCAGGGAAAUUCCUUUUUUUUUUUUUUUUUUAAUUUUGUUUAAAGACAACAAGAAAAGUACAACAUUGCUUAUGUCCUACCUCAUCUUUAUUUUUUUACAGAUGAAUGUACGUAUCUUUUCUGCAGGGAUUGAGCCUGUGAAGUGAUGAUCUCUAUCUACCUCAGAAACCUUUACAUUUCCUUCUCCAACAGGCCCUCUGCCCUCCCACCCUCGCUCAGUGGAGUUCACGUUUCCUCUCCCCUCCGUGGGGCGUGACACGCACAAGCCUAGCAUCUCUGUGGCUGGGAGGGUGCUGGAUGUGUGCGGUGGGGUGCAUUCUGUAGAUUGAGCCAAGCAAACACGAGAAAACUACUAAGUUAAAAAGAAAAAAAACUAUAACACGUGGAAAAAUGGGAUUUAAGAUGCUUAAUUGUAGAGUAUUUGUGUUCUUGAGAAUACUGUGUUUAUGGGGUUAGGCUGUGUGGUGAUCUUGAUCUUUUUGGGAAAAAUCUUUUUUUUUUUUUUUAAUGCUGCAACAGUGAACUUCCUGUGUUCUUUUAUACCUCAGUGUGUUUCUCAGCCUGUUCAACAUCAGUAUCUUUUCUUAUUCCUAGAAGAAGUGGCUGUGGCUUGCUAGCCAAGAAAAGCAGACCAUUCCUAUCUUAGGGUAUGCAAUCUUUGUUUCUUCUAAGGGAGGGUGUGUGUGUGCGUGCGUGUGUGUGUAUGUAUGUGUGGGUGUGAAGCCACCUUACACCAAAAUAGUAAAAAUGCUAUACCACCUCCCAAAGAACUUUUUCUUUUCACACUUUGGUUUCUGAAAAAUAGAUGUAGUUCAGGAUUUUUGAUUAAAAGUAUUCUCAGAAGUUGUGUUUUUAGUUUGCUGUUGGUUAUAAAGAAUUAAGUAGAAGAAGAAAAUUACCCUCCUUCUCAGAAAGAGGAUUUUCAGGCAUGUGGCGUGUGGACAUUGAGUGGGUGGAUGGGCACGCGUGUGCUGAGUUGGUCAGCAGAGAGCAUGAGACACAGGCAAGGGACCCCCAGACUGCAGUUGAAUGUUGUUCUGUUAAUGUUAGGCAUUUCUUUUCCUAAGAAGAGUAGGCAAAGGAAUGAACUUUUGUUUUAAAAGCACAAUUUUUUCCUGCUUUGGAAGUUCAGGGAAAUAGAAUGUUUUAAAGUCAAGUUUAUGGGAACAGCCCAUCCCCACACCCUCUUCUCGGGUCACUUUUACAGAGUGGUCUGCUCCCAAGCCACGGAGCACGGUAAACGUGAAUUUUCCCCCUAAAGGCCUUUGAAUGUAAAGGAUUUGUAAACCACGUUGCCCCAACUGGAAAAACGUAUAGGAACUGAAACCUCUUGUUCAACCUGUAUCUCGGUACCAAAGAAUGAAAAUUUAUUAAGCCAGGCUCCCACUGCAGAAACAUGGGAUGGCAUCCGUCACUUUACAGGGUGGGUUUGUCGUAAGCUGGACUUGGGUGCAGAACCUUGUGCUUCUGGGCGUUAACUGUCUUUCAAAUACUGAAAUGAGAACCAAAUUCCAGAGCACCACAGGAGAAAGAGGUGCUCUCAGAUGGCAGUGGCUUCCAGGACACUUCUUGUUUAAACUGGAAGACUAACAGAUCAGUUUCUAUCCCUGUAUUUAAGAGAAAUUCCUCUUGCAAUAUGGAUAGAGUUUUUAACGAACAGACUAACAAGUGGAUAGAUUGUUUUUGUCAUCCCCCCCCAAAAAAAGAAGGAGAUGAUGGGGACCAGUGUAGCAAGCCAAUCAAACUGCUUUUCCCAUCCAGCUCUUUUGGACAUUUAAUUUACCACUUCAUGGUCCCCUGUGUCUUCCCAUUGCUUUAGUUCUGGGGUUUCUGAGUGACCAAGAUGGGGGAAACCUUGUUGCAUAAAGGAGAACCACAUGCAAUAAAGGAUCCAAAAACUGGAAAGUAGUUUCAAACUGCUGUUGCCCAGCUGCUGUGUUUCAGGGUGGGAAGGUGUCAGGGGAUCUUGUUAUGGAAAAGCAUUUCUUCUUUUAUUGAAGAAUUUAAUAGUCAUUCCCUCUCUAAUAGUGAAUCCAUCUCUAAUUCCUAUUCAGUUGCCUUUUAUGUUGCCCCUAAGUUCGAAGUUCUUUGACUGGUAAAGAGAUCACGUAAUUAAACAUUUUUAAUUGUUUUUUAUUUUGGAAUAACUUGGUGCUGAACCUCCUCCUCUCAAUCCCCCUGCCCCCUAAAUAAUCCCCCUUUAAACACCAAAGACAACUGGUUUUAAAUGAUUAAAAAUUUUUUUAAUUGAAAAAAAAAGUAUCUUAAAUUCUUUAAAAUGUUCUCAGAAACUCAGGUCAUGAUUAUGGCUAAGCUAUUUCCAGUAGUCAAUACCUUUGAUUAUUCUGUCUUCAUUUUCAUCAUCUUCACUCUUAACCUUUCCUUCCCAGUUUCCCCGUAUGUGGGGAAAUAUUGGAACCUGAGUGAGAAAUUUCCUUGGUGAGUAGCAGCAACCAGAGCUGCUUAUUUAACAUUUUUUUGUGGAUCUGGUUGUAAAGCCAGGGUUUCCACAUGUGGCUAAAAUGAUUAGGGCUUAAUAGAGUAUUCAAUUUGCCUGCUUAAGGCAACCAGGUCCCCUCCUUGAAAUGAACGUGUCUCUGGGUGAUAACUGCCGCUUUACUCUCUGUAAAAGGUACGUCUUCUUACAUUUUCUGCACCCAAAGUUGUGCAUCGCUGCCAUUUGAGAAACAUGGUCACACUUGGGAAGCUUUUGUUUUUAAAAUACUGCCAUCUGUGGCUGCCCCAGAUUGACUCCUGACCCACAGGGAUUGGUGCAAAGCACCUCCAGAGUGUGCUUCUUGUACAGUGUGGAAGAGAGAUGAGAAAAGCCAGCAUUUGGACCUCCCUAGUGUGAGAGAUAACAAGUGUUUAUCAAUGCGUAUCUCCUGCCCAUUAUGGGGUGAUGCUAGGUAGCAGGAAUUGGGUCAAAGAGGGUGUCUUUAACGUGGUGAAAAGAUAAGGUCCUGGGUGCUGUGAGGGAGGAGGAUAAAAUGUUUCUCUUGAGGAAAUGUGAUAUUGAGACAAUAGUCCCCAGGUAUGUCUGAUCUGGUCAGGGGGUGGGGUGAGGUGUAAGGUCAGUAUAUGGUUUGAGAUGCCAAUUGGAUUUGGAUGUAUAGGUUUGGAUAUUGAGAUGGCUAAAGGAAAUCUAAAUAACCCACAGAUACAAGCCACUUUUGGUUGAUACCAACUUAACGUUUCAGAAGUGUUACUGUUUUUCGUUAUGGUGGUUUUGUUUUUGUUUUUGAAAUAAUUCCUCUGUGAAAUUGGUCACGAGAAGCAAUGCUGUCUGAGAACCUGUGCUGUGUGGUGGCUGGCAGGUGGCAUGCAAGUUGGCUGGAGCCCAGUGGCCCAAACGGUACCCCCAAGUGCACUAACUCUUUGAUUGAUGGAUGCCCUUUUAAGUCUAACUUAUUUGGGGAGUCGGGGAAACACCUACAAGGGUACCAUAAACAGAAUCUAAAUUACGCGCUGGGCCAAAAAAAAGUUGCCAGAUGGAAGGCACUUUGUAAUGGGGCUGUAAGAGAAUAGCAUGAGAUUGGCUCAGUCUGCUUUAUUCUAGUUAAGCCAAAGCUUAAUGAUCGGAGGCAGGAGGUCUUCUGGGCUUGAAGCAGCAGAAUACUGUUGUAUGUGUGUCGUCUUCCUCUUUGGAAGAUUCUAAGAUUGCUGUGUUCUGGUAGAUAGUGAAAGAUAUGCCAAAGUUAUAGGCUUGUUUUUCUGUUUAAAAAAAGAAGAAAUCCAAUGGUGCCAAAAAGUAUUUAUUUAAAACAUCACUCUUACUGAGUUUCCAACAGUCUGGGGCUGUAUAAAAGUCAUAGUCUUGUACUUGCGUGUGAUGGAAUCGUGGAGCCUGGCCCUCUUGAGGCGCUCUGGCCUCCCUGGGCUGGGCUGCCUGUGGGCCAGGGCACAGGACACACACACCAACCACUCCAUCCCACACCAUCUGCUUUUGUUUAGUUUCUACCUCACUUUUGGUGAAAGUCAUCUACCUCAUGUUAGUAUCUGACGGGUCUCUGAAUAGUAUUAAUCCACCGGGGAGUGGGUAGGAGUGGAGAGCUACCUCGAGAAGAAAAUGUUUUCAUAAAUUCAGAACUGACUUCUCACAGGAGAAGCGUUUGAUUGACCUUGGAAAAGAAACUUUGAAACCAAAUAGUCCUAUACAGACAAAUGUAGUCAUAAAUCCAAGUAUUUCUUACCAAUCUGGCUUUUUCCCCCCACCAGGAGUUAUGCACACCGUUACCACGUUGUUCAGUGUUCUGAAACCACGGGUUCAUCUGACCUUUUUGAGGACUUAUCUGCAAAUAAAGACCUUUAGGUCUUUUUUUUUUUCUCUUCAAGAGAAAAAAUAUCUGUAUUUUGAAUGUCUGAAAAUACACCCUUUUAGGAGCAAUUCUAAGGGUCUAGUUGGGAACAUCACCUAUUGGAAAGGAAUGAACAUCCUUGAGACCUCGUGAUUGUAUUUGUACCCUUUCUGGACCCAGCAGGAUGUCCCUCACCAUGGCAUUGCAGCAAUCACUGUCUUACUGAGCAGUGAUGGUGAAGUGUGUGUGUUGCUCUUUUGUGUUUGAUUUUUUUUUUUUCCCCUACCAAAGGUAACAUGUUCUUUGACGGGUUAUUCUUUUCCUUUGCUUGUUUAUUAAAUACUUGAUAAAGUUGAGAAGCACAUUACCAUGAUAUACUGUAUUGCCUCUCCACCUCUCUUCCCCCCUCGCUUAAUUUUUGUUUUGGUUGGAAGAGAGCAUCCAUAAGACCACUGUCAUUAUUGUGAAUUUGGUUUAUAAAUGUCAUGGUGAAGAAAUACCUCAAUGAUGCCUAUUUUAAAAACCGAUCUUACGGGUUAACAAGCCAGCCUGGUGGGAUGUUUUCCAUCAUCAUUUAACCAGUAAUGGUUCUAAAAGUUUUGUGUAUCCACAUGGUCGUAGACCUCCUUUUAAUGAUUGUAUUAACUUACAAGCUCAGGUAGUAUUUUUCUUAAGGCUCUAUCUCAGAGCACACUGACUGAAUGUUAAUGUGUGUAGCAAAGUGUUUACUUUCUUUAAAUAACCAGCUCUGGAAUAGUUCUUUGUGUUUCUAGCAGUCUGUGUAGUUGUCUUUUCAGAGGAGGAUUUUUCACAUUUCUGGGGUGUUCUUGUUUCUAGGACAGUAAGAUUUCUUUUCUUCUUUUCCCCUAAAUUCAAUGCAGGUGAGAGGGUGGGAGGGUAAGGGCUGUUGUUUUUAACUAGCAUGUUAGGUAUAUUCGGGUGGGUGGGAAGGUCGUUUGUAUUUUUUUAAAUGAAUCUUGCUUAAUACUGUCCAUUAGCUGUCAUGCCCGGUCAGCAAAAUGUUAAUUUUAAAGCGUAGAAUACAUGGCUUGGUUGAGGGUUUUUUGUUUUUGUGAGAAAAGUAAAUGCAAAAAUUGGAGAAAUUAACAUGGGCAUGUUGCCUUCAUGUUAGAAUGACUAAGGUCAGAGUUGUUUUUUUUUUUAAUUUGUCCAAGGCAGACAUGUAAGGGAUAUGCACCACCAGACUAACUGCCCGGGCCACAGGAACCAUGCUGCAAGCCCACCUGGGUGCUGACUGCCUCUUGACACUUUUAAAAAUGGGCAUCGUGGUGGUGGUGCGGAUCCCGUCAAUUAAGUGGAGAAUGGGGAAACAAAGGUUUUUCCCCCAAACCUUUAAGGUAGGUUUUUGUUUGGGGUGGGUUUUUUUUUUUUUUCUCCUACCCUCUGGAUUUUUACUUUUAAAUCUUAAGUGAUAUACUGCAGGCCUCAGGCAUGACAGGCAAUGAGCAGGUGAAGAACCAGUGGAAAAGUGUUCAAAAACUCCUGUGUUAGCUAACAGGCUUCUGAAUGUAUCGCUCUGGUCCACAGAGAAGGCUGGAGAAGGUAGCAAGGAGAUGCUGUAUCAGCUACUGCAGCCUUAAAACAAAGUUGGUGUCUCUUUGGACUUUAAAAUUGUUCCUAUGCAGCUUAUUUUAUUUUUGUUUAAUCAAAUAAACAAGAGGGUUUUUCCAUGGAAA